CCACAGCUCCCUCAAUCCAUCCGUACAAAUCUCAAAUCUUUUUCUUUUGAUCACUCUUCCUUUCUUCUUCGUCUUCUGCUGUGAAUCCAUCAAGAUGAGAAUUUCAUGGAGCAACAGCAGAAGAAGGCACAACCACCACCAAACUUACUACCAACAUCACCCGCAUCACCUCCCGCCGCCGCCGCCUCAAUACUUCCCCUCCGCGGAACCACCUCCCCCUCUGCCGCCGCAUCAAGGCUACUACUCCACCUCUUCUGCAGGGAGCACAACCACCAUAGUGGCAGAUUCCGCGGCCACUCCACAAUCCUCUUACGCGCCAUCGCCGGCUCCCCCUCCUCAUCUACCGCCAGUGCCGCCGAUAAAGUCCUACUACACCUCAAACCCUUACAAUUCCUGCGGCUAUUCGGAUCACAUGGUGGGUAGGUACAAUUACCAGCCCUACUAUUAUGGCAAUUCAACCGGAGGAUGGUUGUCUCCGCAGCAGCCUCAUGCGGUGAGACCUAACGUGGAUCCUUCGCACCGGAUUCAGCCGGUGCCUUAUGUUGAGCAUCAGAAUGCUAAGAAGGUUAGGAAUGAGGUUAAUGUGCAUAAGGGGACUUUGAGGCUUGAAUUGGAUGAGCAGAUGAUAGAACCCGGGAAUUUGGGUUCUAUCUAGGGAUUGAGAAUAGAAGGGAACAACUAGG